AUGGAGUUUUCGCUUGAUGAUAUCUUAUUCACUGGAGGCGAUGACUCGGUACUGACACUUCCCUACGAUGAAAUCGACGACAUAGCCCCUCAAUCGCGGAGCCCCUCCAACCCAAUUGUUGAGGAAGCUAAUAAUAUUGACGCGACACUGCAGACCUUGAACCCCCAGGAUAUGUUCAAUUUACCAGCUCAAGAACUGCCGGAUUUUCAGAUUGACUGGCAUGCCGACUUCCAACAGAUCAAAACAGCCUCUGAGGCUCCUGGCGAUGACCUCAAUCAAGAUUUCUCAUUUCUCAAUCAAUCCACCAGCGAUUGGGGUAUCCCAGAACCUCUCCCAACCCCGAGUGAACCCACCAAACCUUCCAUGACGACAAUUGAUGAAUUCUUCAUCAAAAACGGCGCAUACAGACCACCUGCGCCGUGCGCGAAUUGUCGUCGUUCUCGCCUGCAAUGUCUCAUCUUGCAAACCACUGUCGCCAACCCUAACCCCACCAAAUCGUGCUCCAGCUGUGUCGCUUUGUUCCGGGAAUGCAGUCUAGCUGGACGCAAAAAGAGAGAGCCCUCAGCUUUCGAGACAUCACAGCCAGUCAUUGGUCGUCUUCACGGUGUCAGUGAGCACAAUGUCCUUGGUGUCCCGGCGACCGUCGAAGAGGGUCAGCCAUCAUCACAAGGACUUUCGAUCGCAGCAUUGUCAGGAAAGAGAACAAAUACUCGAUCGGUGCGAAAGACACGGGUGUUGCGCAACUGGUACAUCUCCAAUCUCGAACAUCCCUACCCGACAGAAGAGGAAAAGCUCAACCUAUCUCAGCAGUCCGGGUUAAGUAGAAGUCAAGUCAUCAAUUGGUUCGCAAACACUAGACGACGACAUCGACUCUCUUCUACUUAUUCCGCAUCGCCUGAUCGUGGAAGCCGAGGAUUUGCACCGGGAUCCCCCAUGCCGCACUAUCUUCGCAAAAACAUGUCGCCAAUGGAUCGCUGGAAGCAUUCUCCGCCAGAUGAAGAGCCAGCAUCGGCAACGGCAAUCCAAAACGCUCUAGCUACCCAGUCCAGUGGUCAGAGUUCGUUGGACAGCGAUGGGGCGGGGGCGUCUGAUGGACCUGGUUCAUCUGCAAGCAAUGACUCUCUUUGGCAAUCUGCUUUCCACGAAGGCGGCUCAUCCAAUUCAGCUUCUUCGUGUUAUUCGUAUCGCUCUCGGGAAGCUGCCUUUUUGCCGCGCUCUGGUAGUAGCUCCGUCGCAGAAAGGCCCUCCCUCUCCAGGACCGCAUCAUCGAGAUCAAGGGCUAAGAAGUUUGUCGCAUUUCAAUGCACCUUUUGUCAGCAAAGCUUUAAAAAGAAGUACGAUUGGGUUCGUCACGAGCGAUCAAUCCACCUUCCCGGACUUGAUUCAUGGAUCUGCGCGUUGCCCGUUACGCCCGAUCAAUCGUUUCUGGUCUGGCGCAUGAGCGAAGAUGGCCCACAAUGUCUGUUCUGUGGCCAGGAUGCACCCAGCGACGAACACAUCCAGGCUCACGAAUUCGAGACUUGCGCCGAACGACCCAUCUCAGAGCGCAAGUUCACCCGCAAAGACCACCUCUGGCAACACUUGCACAAGUUUCACGGGUGUCGCAAGUGGGAUGGCUGGAAACCGGACCUGAACCUGCUACAACACCGACAAGAUACAGUUCGAAGCAAGUGCGGCUUCUGUCAAGUUCCAAUGGAGAGCUGGGGAGAACGGACGGAUCACAUUGCUGCACACUUUCGGUCGGGAUUGACGAUGGAGCAUUGGGUCGGAGGGUCCGGGAUCCACGACCCGGGUACCGAGGCGCGGUAG